AUGAGUAAUAGAGAUGAUAUUCAGAGUUUGACGGGGUCUGAGCUUACUGAGCCACUUGUUCGUGUUUUACGUAUUGUGGAUAGUGAAGACAGAGCUGCCGUGGGUUUUCUUUAUCAAGCUAUUUAUAAGGCUAGAGAAGAAAUAGUGAAGAGGUUUCAGAAAAGAAAAAAGGUUGCUGAUCCUUAUUUGAAGAUUUUAGAUACCCGUUGGGAUGCACAACUUAAGAAAAAUCUUCAUGCCGCUGGUUAUUGGUUGAAUCCAGCUUUUCGAUUUAAUGCUGGAGAAUUUGAAAAGCACAAACAAACGACUUCUGGCUUGUUGGAUGUCAUUGAGAAAUAUGCUUAUGAUGAUCCUGUAUUGAAUUCUAAGCUGACAAAUGAGAAGAGGAUCUUUAGGAAUGCUAAGCAAGAUUUUGGAAGACCCUCUGCAAUACGUGAACGAACCACUGUUAUGCCAGAUCAAUGGUGGGAAUCUUAUGGUUGUGGAGCACCAAAUUUGCAAAAGUUGGCUAUUCAUGUUUUAAGCCAAACUUGUAGCUCUUCAGGUUGUGAGCGUAACUGGAGUAUUUUUGAACACAUUCACUUAAAGAAGAGGAAUCGGUUAGAGCAUCAAAAACUUAAUGAUCUUGUUUAUGUUCAUUACAACUUAAGGUUACAACAAAGGAACCAAAUGAGAAAUCAAGUUUAUGAUCCAAUUUAUCUUGAUACAUUUGAGGAUCAUUCGGAAUGGAUACUGGAAGAUUCACCACCAUUUUUAACUCCUGAAAAAGUUGAUGCUUUACGAAAUGAUCUUGCAAAUAUGUCUCUUCAAUCACCUUUAGAUGAUUUACAUCAAUUGGAUUUGGAAGAUGAUCGGGAUGAUGAUGGAGCUAAUAAUUCUAUGGAAAAUGCAAAUCAAAAUGAAACCAAUCAGGAUGUAGCCCCACAUUUGUCAGAUGAAGAGCAACUUGCCAACUUCAAAAUCACUCCUUGGAUUUAG